CUACUAGUCCGAGUUGGAAUGUGCUGGAGGUGUAAAAUAUGUAUUCGAUUUCCAUGAAUCGGUAUAUGAAACAUGAAUGAUGAUGAGUGACAAUGAUGAUGAAGAGGCAAAGAUCAAUGAAGAAAUAGAAGCUGAAUUGGAGAAAAUCAGUAUUUCUUCCUUGGAAAAGUAUGUUGAUAGUGACUCAAAAUCAGAAACACAGAGCAAUGACAGUGAUUCAGAUUUAAUUGAAUUACCUGACUCAAUUCUUCACUGUAUUAACACCAUAAGCCAAAAAAGUAACAGCACUGAAGAACUCAUUCUUCAGGAUUUGGAAGAUACUGAUGAUUUAGGUUGUAAUUAUGGGGCAAUUUCUAAUGAUCACAUGCAUUUAAGGAUAGAAUUACCAACUGAAUAUAAGGAGAAUCCAAUGCAAUUAAUGAAGAUAUUAGCUGAAAUAGAAAAAGAAGAAUUUGUGAGAAGUAAUACCCAUUGUGAUCAUCCUGAUUCUGUCUUAGAGUCUUGUACUCAUGAGUUACCUAUGGAUGAACAUACUUUUCCAGAUGAUCUUGAUAUAAAUUUUGGGUACUAUGAAGUGGAAGAAAAAUGUAGGCAGUCUUUUGAGGCUUGGCAAGAUAAGCAGAAAGAACUGGAAGACCAAAAGCAAGAAAUUCUCAAAAUACAGAGUGAAAAAGAAAAAAGACAGUUUCAAGAAGAAGAAGAAAAGAGAUAUUCCUGGAUGAGACAGUUUGAAACUGAAAAGAAGAAGUUAGAAGAUAUUUAUAAGCAAGAACAAAACAAGAUUAAUGAGGAGCUCCAUACACAGGAGAAAAUAUGGAAAGAGAAAUUUAAGCAGCAUGAGGAAUUCAUUAGAAACUUGAAUUUACAAAUGGAAGAAGAAAGAACAAGAUUUAAAGACCUACAGGAAAAAGAAAAAAUACGUUUGUUCAAAGUGAAGCAUAAUGCAGCUGUGAAAAUUCAAGCUACAUAUAAAGCUUUUGUAGUCCAUAGAAAAUAUGGCCCAAUCAUAAGAGAACAAUUAGAAAUUAAGAAAAGAAAAGCACAAGAGUGGAAAGAAAAAGAGGCUAAAAUACGAAAGAUAGAAGAAGAAAAAUCUAAAAGAUUAGAGGAAAAACAAAGGAUAGAAAAUGAGAUUAGAAAGCAGAAAGAUGAAGAAAGGAUAGAAAGAGUAAAAGAAUACGAAGAAAAAAAGAACUUACUGAGGCAAGAAAAAGUACAACUACUAAAUAUGGAAAAAGCAAGGUUUAAAGAAGACACAAGUAAGCAGCUAAUGAUAAUUAGAACAUUAAAGCAGGGAGGGUAUAGUGCCAAAUAUUCAACUGUUAUGGGUAUAAUAAAGGGUAAGAAUGAUGUAGCCAGAAGUCUGGAAGAUGAAACAUCAAAGAAGUGGGAACAUGUUCCCCUUGGGCUAGUUGAAGAAUUGAAGAAUAGAGAAAACGGAUGUAGACAGAGUGCAUUGAAAGAAUCACAGCAAAUAAAAUCAGACAACUCUAUCUCAAGCAAAACAGUUUUUACUGAAUUUAAAAUGGAAGAAAAACUAGGAAACCUACCAAAGCAACAAUGUUCAGAUAAAUCAGACAAGCAAGAAACAGAAUAUGAAAAUAUAGAGCAAAAGUCUUACUUGGAAAAUCAAAAUUUCAAAGAAAAUGCAAUGGAACAGUUUCAAUUGCAAGAAUUAAAGUCACAGGUACUAAAAGAAGAAACAAUGAAAAUUGCUAACUCUGAGAAUAUGAGCCAAAAAACACAAGUAACAAUAGUAGAACAUAAUGAGGCAAUUAGUGAUGUGAAGAAAAGUGAGCUACAGAAAAUAAUCCAAGAUAACCAGCAAACUAAGAUAGUAAAAGUGGAAAAUAAAGUGAUAUCAGAACAGAAUGGAAUACCAGGUGAAGAAAAUGCUCUAGUUAUUUCAAGAAGACAAAAUUCCCUACCUUUAAAAUUAGAAAAAUCUGAAGUCAAAGAGAAAAAUGUAAUAGUGCAAAACCUAGAAAAUUCAAAAAUUGAAGAUACUGUUGCAAGUCCUCAAAAUAAUGCUCUAAAUGCUAGCAUAAUUUUUUAUACGAGAGAUGGUGCAGGGACUCAAUUAGAUGACAAAAUAAUCAAGAAAGAUGCUAUUUCUGGUAGCAGUACUCCUUGCAAUGAUAUGGGUGGAUGUGUUGCAAAAAAUGCUCUAGUUUUUACAGAAGUAAAUUCUCCUAUGUCUCAAAAGAGAGAUAUUCCAGAACCAUGUCAUGAAAAUAGAGCUGAAUGUGAAAAUACUGUAACCAGAUCUUUGCCAGAGACAGCCCUCCUGUUGACUAUUAAAGAGAAGAGACUAGCUUGGAAGAAAUCAUUUAAACCUUGGCUUGAAAUUUUCCAGCAAAAUCAGGAAAAGAAGAUAGUUAAGAGAAAAAGACCUAUUAAAUGCCCAGUCAACAUCAUGCCUCCUUUAAACAUGAUAGAAAUUCUGCGACGUGGCCCUUGGAAUACUUUAAAACAGGUUACAACAAUUAUAUUUCAGGAUUUGCCAGGUUGCAGUCUUUCUACACUGGGAGAAUGUUCAAAUCUUCAGUUUUUAUCUCUUCAACGCUGUGGAUUAACCAGUUUGGAUAGCCUGAGUAAUUGCAAAAAACUGAAGUACAUUGAUGCCCAGGAAAAUCAUAUUGAGACUGUCAACUGUGAAAACUUAGAAAAUCUCUGUGUUGUUCUUUUGAAUAAAAACCAACUAACAUCUUUUCAUGGUUUGGAUGGCUGCAUUAAUAUUCAAAGUCUUGAAUUUUCACACAAUAAAAUCACUCGAAUUGCUGGUUUAGAAUCUUUGAGAAAUCUUCAGCAACUAAUUGUGAAUCACAAUCAGUUAAUCAGUACAAAAGGUCUUUCUGAUUCUCCAACAAUCAUCUAUCUGGAUUGUUCACAUAACAAUCUUACUGAAGUAGAGGGUAUUGAAAACUGUGGAUUGCUCCAAGUAUUGAAAUUACAAGGAAAUUAUCUAAGUGAGCUUCCACCUCUGGAGAAUCAUGUUCUACUAAGAGAAUUGAACUUGGAUGAUAAUAGUAUUUCAACUGUGGAAGCGUUUUCCUCAUAUUGGCUGCCUUUAUUACAAAACCUCUCUCUCUCUCAAAACAGUUUGACAAAGAUAGCACCACUUUUUCAUUUUAUAUCUUUGGAAAAACUAGAUGUCAGCAACAAUUGUCUUUCUGAUCUUUCAAGUGCCAAAAGCUGGUUUGAUUCAUGCUAUUCUCUCCGUGAAUUAUCUCUCACUGGAAACCCAAUACUUCAGGAAAUAAACUGGAGGAAUUUUUUACUUAAGAUCUUACCUGCUCUAAGAAUCCUCAAUGGUGAAAUGUUAAACUCUUAUUUAGAAAACCACAUGGAAGAAUCCUACCAACCAGAAUUUCGCUGUCUGCUGGAAUUUAGCCAGUCCCAGAUUAGAGAAUUAAAAUUAUUGGUCGAAAAGUAUAUUACUGGAAAAAGAAAUAUAUUCACUUUGGAUGCUGCAGAAAGUCUUUGCCUUUAUUUUACGAAGAUGAUGACACUAAGUAAUGAGCAUCGAUUUGCACAUGAGCAAGGUGAUGAAACUAUCAACAUGAGAGAAGAGCUAGAAGCCCAGCAAAAACAUGUAUUGCCUAAAAAUAGUGAUACAGUGCUGCAGAGGAGAGACCUUAACUCAAACUAUGUGAGAAAACACAGCCCAGAAGCACCAGAUGUUGCUGAGAAAAGGAAGGGUUCUGAUUCUGUCCAUUUUCCAUUAGACACCUCCUCUUGCUUUGAAGGUAGGAAAGGGAGACGUCAAGAAACAAUCCAUCAAGAAGCUGAGGACAGCAACAGAAGCAGUGUCCCCACCAAAAGACUUCCCUCCAUGGAAACAGUAAUGACAAAUUCUCCACUAAGUGACUGCCAAAAUAUUGGAUAUCAUGACAAAAUUAUGGCAGCUAUGGUAAUCCAGGCAUAUUGGCGUGGUUACAUUGAACGUAAACUGACAUCAAGGCCAGAUUCCUACAUCAAAAAUCGCAUUAUUUUAAAAAUGAAAGGAAAAGAUAAUAUUGAGAAUUUACAAGAACAGAAAGAAAAUGCUGCAAUUCUUAUUCAGGCAGUUUGGAAGGGAUUUCUUUUACGAAAGAAACUGGCUACAGCUCUAGAAGCUAUUAAGAAUGAAGAAUCUGAAGAAGAAUAUGAAGAGAUAGAUUUAGAGGAUUUUACAUUUGAUGAAGCUGCCUUAGAGAAAGAAUGGCUAGCUUCAGAUUCCUCCCGCUUCCCUUCACAAACACUGCUUCUCCCAAACCAGCUGCACUGGCCAAAGUUCUCUGGAACAUUCAAGUGUGAUGACACUUCCCUUAGUUUACCAAGUCAUCCUGCUCAAGCUUGGCUCAGCAAUGAGAAGGAAAAUUCAUUUUCAUCGGAACACACACAUUUAAUUAGCAGAUUAGAAGAUAGAACUUUAUCCUGGACACCUGAAUCAAAGACCAGUAGAAAGAGUUUGCUAAAAUCUGAAAAAGAAGAAAAAAUUUCAGAAGAAUGGGGAUUUAAGGAUAUUUCAACUGCUCAGCAAAUGCUGAAAAGAGCACGAAAAAUGAAAGCAACAAAAUUAAGGAAAAACUUAGAUCCGACUGUGCGUCUAGCAAUAUUCAAAAACAAUGAAAACAAAGUUUCUCUUAUAAAGUCACCAAAGAAAGCCCAGUCCAUCAAAGACAGUCACUUGGAAGGCAAAGAAUUUAUCUACAAGGAUACCACUGGACAUGAAAAAGUAGAAAGGAGUAAGGAAUAUACAUAUCAAUGGCUUCACACACAGGUCAAGGUUCAUGAAACUAGUUCCAGAAAUAUGAAAGGAGAACACUUCUUGCCUGAGUUAGAUCCAGAUAUACGCAAUGGUGGAAGAGUGCAGCUUGUGGCAAGACUUGUAAGCAGAGAAGACACGGAUUUAGACCUUUUUUCCAUGACCAGUGGAAGUGCUUUGUCUGUGAAGAGAGAAAAAAAAAAUCAGGCACACAGACACUCAGCAGGAUCUUCAAGUUUUUCAAUUAAGGGAGUGCUUGCACCAAAGAUUACAAAUACCAGACCAACAAAGAAAGAACGUAUAUCAUUUCGUGACAAUCCUGUACAGCUCAGUGGUGGAUGGGGAAGUGGCAAAAGGAUGACGAAAACGUCAAACUAAUCCAUCAAGCUCCAGCAUUCCAAACAUAUGACAAACCAUUUCUUUCUAAGAAAUCUGUGACUAUAUAAUCAUGUUUCCAAAUGGGUACAAAGUCUUAAACUACUAUUAUUUCAUUUAUAUAAUAUAAUUUCAUAUUAUACGUAUUUCUCAAUUUUACUUUCUGGAGACAUUAUCUUUAUUUCUCAUCUGUAAAAUAUAGCUCUGCAGUUUGUUUGUAUGGUAUGCCUUCCAGAAAAUUAAUCAUUGAAAUGUUGUAAUGGAAUUUGCUUAUCCAAUUUUUUGUUUAAAAUGUUAUGAUGUAAUAAAGAUUCCUUUUGUUACCAAUAAUAAUUAUAAUAUCAUAGGUA